AAUCAACUUUUGAUUCUUACAAUCUAAACACCAAAAAUGUUCAGCAAAAUCGUAGCUUUCGGCGCCCUGUUGGCUGCUGCCAACGCUGGCCUUUUGGGACAUGGCCACGCUGUGUCCUCUCAGAGCAUUGUCCGUCACGACGAGGCUCAUGUCGCCCCUCUGCACUACGCCGCUGCCCACGUAGCACACUACGCCGCCCCCGUCGUAGCCCACUAUGCCGCUGCCCCCGUAGCUCACUACGCUGCCCCCGUAGCUCACUACGACGGCCACGACACUUACGCUCACCCCAAAUACGACUACGCUUACUCCGUGGCUGACCCCCACACCGGCGAUCACAAGUCCCAGCACGAGAGCCGCGACGGUGACGCCGUGCAUGGAUACUACUCCCUGGUGCAGCCUGAUGGCUCCGUGCGCAAGGUCGAGUACACUGCUGACGACCACCAUGGUUUCAACGCUGUCGUACACAACUCAGCCCCCGCUGUACACCCCGCCCCCGCCCCCGCCCAUGGCUACCAUCAUUACUGAACGUUCCUGAAUGAGUGAUUGUUAUGAAUGUUUGACCUACAACCUACCUAUUUAUAUUUUUGUAUGAAACUUGUGUGAAAUGAGAAUGAUGAUAAACUUUAAAAAAUA